AAGAAAUCAAAUCCAGUUCCGCCACGUAUCCAAAAGCAGUACUAUCAGUUUCUACGUGGCAUCUUGUGAGCCUAGAUCGUACUCCGUGAGCGCAAGUCUCGGCAACACUAGAUCGACUCCCCGUUCUUCAUGAUUGACCCCGCUAGGGAAAUUUAGUUGACGAAGUCCCCGUUCUGCUCCAGACUUUGGUCGAUCUGUCUGCUCCUUUACUUGAGAGAGUUGAGGAAAGAUCGAAGCUGGUGAAGAUAUAGCCAGCGCUAGCCAGGGAUCAGAGCGGCAGUAGUUGUUGAAAAUGGCGGGCUACGGGGAUCCAAGUCAGAAAGUGGACUACGUCUUCAAAGUGGUGCUGAUCGGGGACUCGGCCGUCGGGAAAUCUCAGAUACUCGCUAGAUUCGCGAGGAACGAGUUCAGUCUCGACUCCAAGGCCACGAUCGGCGUUGAGUUCCAGACCAGAACUAUGGUUAUCCAGCACAAGAGCGUCAAGGCUCAGAUCUGGGAUACUGCCGGCCAAGAGCGGGCUUUGCUGGAUUUCCAUUUUUUCCUGAGCUGGACCUUCCUGGUAGGCAGCACUACCCUGAAGUCAGAUUAUAAUCCAAGCUUAGAAGGCUACAAUGUGUACUGCAGAAGGCAGACCACUGGAAAUCCUAUGUACUUUGAUCGAUACCGAGCUGUCACGAGUGCAUACUACAGGGGAGCCGUAGGGGCAAUGCUGGUGUACGACAUAACCAAGCGUCAAACCUUCGAUCACAUCCCACGCUGGCUAGAAGAGCUGCGGGGCCAUGCUGACAAGAAUAUAGUCAUCAUACUGAUUGGCAACAAGUGUGAUCUCGAGGAUCAGCGGGCAGUAUCCACGGAGGAUGCCAAGGAGUUCGCCGAGAAGGAAGGCUUAUUCUUCCUGGAAACCUCCGCGCUGAAUGCAACCAACGUUGAGAGCGCCUUUGUGACCGUGCUGACGGAGAUCUUCAACAUCGUGAACAAGAAGAGCCUAGUAGCCGACGAGAGUCAGGGCAAUGGCAACCCGGGGUCAUUAGCUGGUAAGAAAAUCCUUGUACCUGGCCCCGCACAAGUGAUUCCGGCCAAGAGCAGCAUGUGUUGCACCUCGUCGUGAAAACGUUAACUGAGAGGGGUGAGUAAUUCGAAAGGGAACUAGUGGAUUUUUUUCGAUAGCAGAAUUUUUGGAAGCGUGUGAUGUAUUUUGUUUUGUAAAUUUCCCGUUUUGCCUAUUGAUUUGUACGGUUUUAUUAUAUGGAAGCUAGGAACUUUACACAUUGCUUUGUAAUUGAAAAUUUCCUCGUCCGAACUUGAGCAGUUGUCUAGUACUUGUUUCUGC